UUUACUAUUUUUAAAUUACAUAUUGUUGAAAAGCCAAUUGGCAUGUUGUUUUUCUUUAGUCCAUUCCAAACAAAGACUUUUCAAACUCAAUUCAAUAACAUUCACAACACCUAUUCUUCCACAUAUAUAUCUAUCCCUUUCCCUUCUCCAAAAAUCCUCCAUAUCCAUUCCUUUUGCAAAUUCUUCGUCGCAAAAUCAUGGAUGUAGAACAAGAAGAGAUGCAAUUUCUUGGAAUCUAUGGAAUUUUUAGAGAAACUACCAAAUUAAUCUUCACAUGGAGAAGGAUUUUCUCCCAAAUCACUCUAGCUCUAAUUCUCCCUCUCUCCUUCUUGUUCCUCGCUCACAUGGAAAUCUCCGAUCUAUUCCUAAGAAAAAUCAUGUUCGAUGAGUUCGUAUUGGACCAAACUCAAACCAGUACACCCUCCUUCGAUAAACUCUCCGACGUCGUCUCAUCCGAGAAGGUCUAUUUUUUUCUAUUUCAAAUCAUGUACCUGGUAAUCUUCAUCGUUCUGUCUCUCCUCUCCACCUCUGCCGUCGUCUACACCGUCGCCUCGAUCUACACCGGCCGAGAUGUCGCUUUCAAGCCGGUGAUGAGCGUCGUUCCGAAGGUAUGGAAACGCCUCCUCUUAACAUUCCUUUGCGUGUUCAUCUCUUUCGUCGGCUACUCCAUCGCCAGCCUCCUCGUCAUCACGUUCCUCUUCUUCUUCAUCAUUCUCGCCUUCCGCACGGCCGGCGGCGGUGUGUUCCUCUUUCUCUAUGUCGUCCAGAUCCUGUACCUCGCCGGCGCCUUCUACCUGACGGCGAUCUGGCAGCUGUCGAACGUAAUCUCCGUUCUGGAAGAUUCGUACGGAUUCAAAGCGAUGGGGAAAAGCUACGGUUUAGUGAAAGGGAAAUUAGGAACAUCGGUAGUGAUAAUUUUGUGUCUCAGCCUUCCUUUGGGAACGGUGCGUUUUGUGUUUGGGCAUUUGGUGGUCAGAACGUCGUCGUUAGGGAUACUGAGUAAGGGUACUUUGGGAAUUUUAUGUUUCUUAUUGUUUUUCAUUUUCUUUUUGUUGAAGCUAGUGACGGAGACGGUGUUGUAUUUCGUUUGCAAAUCAUACCAUCAUGAAAAUAUUGACAAGUCUGCCCUUUCAGAUCAUCUUGAGGUGUAUUUGUUGGGAGAGUACGUGCCUUUGAGGCCUAGGGAUGUUCAACUUGAGAAAUUCCAAGUUUGAAUAUGGAAUAUGUAUGUAAUCAUAGGUUUAUGUCAUGAUUUCAAUUGGAUUAUUGAGUUUUAAUUAAUUAUCUGAAAUUAACUCCUUUUAUUUU